UUUCCCAUCCAAACACACACACGCACCUACAGAGCCGCAGUCAGACAGACGGUCUCUGCGCAGCAAACGGCAGGCAGGGAAAACAAAACUCUCCUCCCGCCGCUUCCAAACCAGCAACUGUCGUAGAAGUGAAGUCGACGCGAUGUUAAACACGAAAUGCCACCGUUGAGUGUGAGGAGACAGCUAACAACGAGGAAGAGGCUGCUCAAAGUGGCUCAACUGUGACAGCAGCUGGAGACAUUAACCCAAGGAUUUGUGGACCGCACGUGGAAGGCACCGCUGAAACACAUCGGAAGAGUGGAUCUCAUCCCCUCCACUUAAACUGCUUGCCAGCUGUUCACUCCUGCCCACUUCAAAGAUGAGUGCCAAGUCAGCCAUCAACAAGGAGGUCUUCACACCCCAUGAUGAGAAGAUGCUUGCUGCCGUGCAGGUGAAGCGGAGGACCAAGAAGAAGAUACCCUUCCUGGCCACGGGUGGUCAGGGAGACUACAUGACCUUCAUCUGCGUCUCAGUGACGAAUAAGAAACCCUCCCAUGUAUCCAUCACCAAGGUGAAGCAGUUCCAAGGAUCGUCCGCUUUCGUAAAAAGGUCGCAGUGGACAAUCGACCAGCUACGGCAGGUCAACGGCAUCGACCCGAACAAAGACUGUCCAGAGUUUGACCUGAUGUUUGAGAAUGCAUUCGACCAGUGGGUGGCUGGUUCAGCAGGAGAGAAGUGCACCUUCAUCCAGAUUCUUCACCACACCUGCCAGCGCUACAGCUCAGCGCGGAAACCAGAGUUCGUCAACUGUCAGUCCAAACUGCUGGGGGGUAACAGUAUACUACACUCAGCUGCGGACAGUGUGACAAGUGCUGUACAGAAGGCCAGCCAGGCUCUGAAUGAGCGCGGCGAGCGAUUAGGUCGGGCCGAGGAGAGGACUGCAGACAUGAUGAACAGUGCUGAGCAGUUCGCUGUUACUGCACACAAGCUUGCCAUGAAGCACAAGUGCUAGACCACUGCCAAAACCAACUGGGCUGGGGGGGGUUGUUACCAGUCGCUGUACAGGAGAAGGAUUCCAGAUUUUAUUCUUUUUAAAAGAUUUAAUAUGAUUACUAUUUGUUAACAAUGUUAACAUUUUAAUGUUUUGAGUUGUUGUAUUCUGGUGCAUCCUCUGAUGGUGACGCAUCGAGCACGGGGGGGGAAGAGAGGUAACCGACGCUACUUCAGACUGUCAGCAGAAUGUUUCAUGCUUCUGUUUGCCAAAAAAAUAAAGUCACAAGCCACACAGCCAUGACGGUAUCAGAUAACCACGACCACUCAACACACUUUUCAUAUGCUCAGAUACUAAUGUGAGAGUGCUCAUGCCAACAAGUCAUUAUCAGCAAUCACUCCAAGACAAGGAACAGCUUGUCUCGCCGGUUAUUAAUUGUGGAGAGUUAUUUAUGAGCACUGCAGUGAUUAAACAGUCUGAUUUAUGAGGGAUGGUGCCUCUCAUAGGUUUCACAGGUGUGACUUUGCAUUGUAAAGAUGGCCAAGAUUUUCUUACCUGAUAUUUACCCAGGUAAAUAUUUUAGAAACACAUUUGUUUGAGGGGGAGAACAUUAAAGGGUACCUUGUAUUUUUUAACCUGGACCUUAUUUUUCCAUGUUUUUGUGUCUAUGUGACUGAUUUUUUUUUUUUUUUUUUUUAAAUUAAUCCAGUACUGAGCGACAGCGCUGCAGCCAGGAGUGGAGCAACUAAGCAUCGCCAAUUUACGCCCACUAAAAGUGCUUGUGUUUGUCACUGACAGGCUCAGAUUGUUAUUAAAAGUGUGUCUGACAACAUAUGGAAAGAGUCACUAUAGAACUUUACAUUUUUGUUAAAGAGUAGGAUCUUUUUGUUCACCAGAAACAGCCCCAAAAUCCCAUUAGCAAAUACACCAGACUCCAUUUAAAUAAACAGUAAUUUUGCUGUGUAUAGAGGCGGCAUAUCUUCACACCUUACUGGGUGAAUUAAGGGUUUAUUCAAAAUAGAAUAGAGGUGAUGAUUGUUGGAACAGUGGAAAAAUGAACCACGACAUCUUUUGUGAGUUUUGUUUCAAUGAAGUGUAUUUUAUGAUUAUAAAACUGCUGUUUUUUUAAAUGGAGUCUGGUGGGUUUGAUGAUAGCUAUUUGGGGCUGUUUCUGGUUAAACAAAAAUGAUCUUGCUCUUUAACAAGAAGGUCCAUCUCUGUAGGGAUCCUCUCCAUAAUGUUGUCAGACACUUAAAAUCACAAUCUGCCUGUCAGUGGCAAUAACAGGCACUUUCAGUGUUUGUAAAUUGCAGCUUAUGUCGUCACUGCUGGCUGCAGCUGUCUUGCUCAAAACUACACCAGUUUCAAAAACUGUUCAUCUGAUUAGUCACUUAGACACAAAACAACAAGGGUCCAGGGGCCGUAUUCACAAAGCUUCCUAGUACUAAGAGUUGCUCCUAGUGAUGAAAUUCUAAGAUACAAGUUACUCACAGAGCAGGUUAGCCCUUAAAAGAGCUCCUAAGAUGAAGGACUGUUAGGAGCAGGGAGAGGGACUUUUUACGAAACUAAAGAGUUUCUGAAUGAGAGGAGAAAAUAGUGGAAACACAAAGAGUUCGGAGAAAUAUUCUCCAAACACUGUAUGACAGUGAGUAAAUGUUACAGAUUAGAUCAUGCAGGGAUAUUAUGUGUGGUUGAUGUCAUUAGCGUUGUGCACGUAUUUCCCACAUAACGUUUUAAUGCCAGAAAUAAAAUGAUCACAACGCUAAGAUAUUUGGAAAACUGGAAAAAUGCAACAGUGCAGCAGUGAUGACUUGAGUCUGUCUCAACCUUCCAUCAGCAAAGUGAUCGCACUAACAAUGAGAACACUUUCACAGUCAGCAGUUCAUUUCAUUUCCACUGGGUGUCCACACCUUGCAGGAUCACAGAAGGGUGUGUAUGUGACAACCAAUCACAUCUGUUAAAAGAAUGCAUCACACCUAGCAACAGGGUCAACCACACCUCCUCAAAGUUUCUGUCCCUUCCUCGCUCCGAGUUGCUCUAAGAGCUUUCCUAAAUCACUCCUAAGCUAGGAGUCCAUACUAAAAAUUUUUCAUCUAAGUUAGGAGCUCUCUGAGAGUGUUUGUGAAUACGGCCCCAGGUUGAUAGAUACUCAAGUAACCCUUUAUCUCUACCCCUAAACAUCAAUAAAUCCAGAAGUUUCAGUUCAAUGUUUCCAUCCUUUGAUUCUUGGACAUGCAGUCUUACAGUCUGUUGUUCUGUCCAUCAUUUCAAAAUGUAUCCAACAGUGUUAGUCAAAAUGUUUUCAGCACAUCAUUUCAUAAACUGCAUAUGAGACUGAACAGAGUGGUUAGUGUGACACAAUAUAUAUCAACCGUGAAAUAUUUGAGUCCUCUGUUAGAUUUGUCUAUCAUUAAAAAACAACCAAAACUACAUGGAAUACAGUUGCCAACAUUUUUUGAAGUGUACUUGAAGAACUCUGUUUUAAAAAUAAGCUUUUUAAGUAUAAUAAUUUAUGUUAAAUUCAGUAAACCAGCUUCUGCAUUGUAAAAAGCAAAAUGUAAUUCUUCUAGUACUAUUAUCUCAGUGUCUGUAGAGCUAAUCUGUCCCAUUAACACGGGAUGUUUUAAAAUGACUCCCAGCUGUAUUUCAACUUUGAACAUUUAGUAGUCAUACCUUACGCUUUUUGUAUAAUUUGGGUCAUUAAUUAUAAAGAUGUGUAUACUGAUAGAUAAAGGACACAAUGUCUCAAAUAGCAGCAGCAGUGUGUAGUAGUUUAAAUUUUGUGUCAGUGCUCUCACACUGACUGUAACUAUGGCUUCCUCACUGGCAGAUAUCGCCCUCACAAUCGAGAUGUAUUUGAUUCUUUUCGUAUUUUGAAUUUUAUAAUUCACAAUGUUACAAUGCACUGAUAACCUUAUCUCGCAGAGCACUGUUGAGUUCAUACUGAAACGUUCCAGUUGCCUAACUCUUGGUGUGCUUUUAUUCCUCUCUCUAACACUUUGGAUGUUUAUUGUUUUAAUAAAGAAAUAUAUAUAACAAAA